AUGGCAGGCACAGAGAACCAUCCUGGCACACUCUCUCUCGAUUCUUCGAAACCGAGCUUUACCUUCAAAUACAGCUCCACGGACGCGAGUGACAAUAACUGGAUUGGCAUUUACUAUGCAUAUGGCGGUGGACCAGACAACGGCGAAUAUGUGCAAGAUUCGCUGACUUGGAACUGGGCGCCUUCGGGUAGCGGGAGUUCCUUUGUCUCGCCGGACAAAUUGCGAAGCGGUACAUAUAAGGCCUAUCUGUUAGGCGAUGGCGGAUAUCGAUUGCUAGCGGAACCGAUCGUUAUCAAUCUCGGCAGCCCCAGCGAUCUGGCCCUCUUCACCGACUCAUUCCUCACUCACAACGCGCGUCAAGGAGAGGCCUUCACGGCUAAUGUUGGAAAUCUUGUUAAUCGUGCUGGUGAUCCAAACACCCACUUUUCUGUAACCGAGCAGAAUUGUUGGGCCAAAGUGGAUGGCAAUGGCAUCAUCACCGGAAUACCGCCCGCUGAUGCCAGCGAUACAACGAUGUGUGUCACGGUCAAAAAUGGAGGAGGUGUGGCAAGCCUGGAAGUUCGAAUCCCAGUUCGAAAAUCAAAAGAGCCAUUGGUGGGAAAGCUACGCGUGUUGAGCUUCAAUCUCUGGUUUGGUGGUCAGCCAGUGAAUAAUCAUCACGAGAAACAGAUUCGGUUCUUGGCACAACAAAACAUCGACAUCGUGGGCUUGCAGGAAAGUGGCGGCGGACAUGGAAUUCGCCUCGCCCGUGCACUCGGGUGGCACUCCUGGCAAGGCCCCGACGUGGCCAUCAUCACUCGGUAUCCUAUCGCGGAGGUUAUCGAUACUCCUGCCAAGUCUGGCGCAAUUCGCAUCAGCCUUGAUGGCGCGGCGCUCGAUAUCGUGUUUUGGAACUGCCAUUUAGGAUAUGAUCCAUAUGGGCCUUACGACUUUUGCUUUGAUCAUAUGAGCUUCGAGGAGGUCAUGCAGCGCGAGGCUCAAUCUGGCCGAACACCGGAAAUCACAGCCAUCAUGGAAAGCAUGAAGGACAGCAUUGCCAAUGCCGACAAUGUUCCGCUGUUCUUCACUGGUGAUUUCAAUGCCCCAUCUCAUCUAGAUUGGACUGAUGCCACGAAGGAUCAGCACUGUGGCACUGGCUACACGGAGUGGCCGACUUCGAAACUCCCCGCGGAUGCCGGUUUGCACGAUUCAAUACGGGACACUUACAUCAAAUUUGGAAGCAUGAGCGCUUGUGUCUGGAUCGAAUUCUACGGCAACUAG